AAGUGCCUACAUAUGUUUUAUAUCAUUUUUUGUAUAUAAUUAAGUUUACAUAUUAGCUAUUAACAUAAUUUGAGGUGCAUAAUUUUUAAUAUAAUUUAUGCUCAAGAAAUUUUUAAAAAGUAUUACAAAACUAAAUAGCAUUGAUAUUAUCAAUUAUGUAUUUUCUAUACUUUUAUAAUAUUUUGUAAUUAUUAUAUAUACUUUAAAUAUACUGAAAAAUGUUUAAUUAUAUAUAAUGAAAUCUGGCUAUAAAUAUUAUAAAAUGCUUAAUUUAUUAAAAUGAACGUGUGCAGUAUAGUAAUCAUUAUGGCAUUAAACAAAGUACAUUACUGAAUAUCACUGUUGGAAUCAAAUAAAUUUUAACAAGUAAUCCCAGUCCUAAAACUUCUAGAAUAUAAUAAAAUGUAUCAGUAUGUAUUCAUAAAUAAACUGGGAUAAAUAUAUUUUGUUAACAAUAGUGAUUAAAGAUUUAAUUUCAAAAGACAAAUUCAGUAAAAGCUGUAUAAGUUGCAACUAUUUAUGUAUAAUAUUUAUAAAUUUAACAAUGAUAGUGAAAGACUUAAGAAGAGAUAAUAUAUAAAGGAAUACAAAUAAAAAUUUAUUUAUGUCAAAUAAGACAGCAGACCAAUGAGAUUUUGUUGUAGUCACAUGGCACGUGGUUUUGUUUAUGAAAUUUCGUUUCGUUGGUUGAAGUAUUGUGAAAGUUCAUUAGUUCAUUCACGCAUUCAUAUUCACAUUCGUUGUGAGUGAGGACGCGAUAAAGAAUUGUACAAAAUAUGUCGAAUCCAAUAGAUUAUAUUGAUUUAACGAUAGAUUUACCAGCGAAUAAAACAUUGAGAUUACAAAAUAGAAAUUUCGAAAACAUAUCUAACACUAAUACAGCACUAGUAAGACGACGAAAUCGUAAUUCAUCUAAGCAAUCAACACAGCUUAAUGAUUCUGUCAUAGAAAUACCAAGUAAAGAUACAUGCUCAACAAUGGAAGUCAUAAAUGUAGAUCAAAUUGAACCAUUAAAAAAGUUUGGAAUUUGUAAUGCUAAUGAUUCCUCAUUGGAAACUUUAGUUGCAUUAUCAUGCCCGAUAUGUUACGAACAAUACUCUACCGAAAUAAAACCUAUGUCUACUCGUUGCGGGCAUGUAUUCUGUGUGCAGUGUUUAGAAACAGCUUUACAUACUUCAAAAAGAUGUCCAACAUGUAAAAGAUCUACCAAAUUCCAAAAUUGUACCCGUUUAUAUUUCUAAUUUAUAUAGGCUUCUGUUUGUCACA